UGUUGGUUGCCUCUAUGGACCCGAAUAUGUGAAAUUUAGCCUUGAAAUACCAUUGGCUAGUAUGGACAAGAACGGGACAAUUAUUUUGGCUAAACACAAGGAUAUAUAUAUUGGGAGCACCACGCUCAGUGCCGCAGAUGAGGUCACUGAUGUUGAGAGGCUCCCUUGGGAGUUUGAGCAUUUGCUAACAACCUGUGAUUUUUAUCCUGAAAGCUUAGAGCACAGCCUUGAUGAUAAGUCUGUGGUUGUUUGUGGAGAUGGCAAGUACAUUAUUAUCAACAAUUCCUUACCAUGGAAAGUUGCAUCAUCUGGCUCGGCACUGGAAUUUGUUUGGUCAUCUAAGGGGGGAUAUGCUGUCAAGGGAGAUUCUUCACACAUCGAGAUAUUCAACAAGAACUUCGAGGUUCGUGAUUCCUUUUUUUUUUUCUUUUUCCCCACAGCCUAUGUGAAUUACAUAUGUGUGCAGAAGAAGGGGAUUGUGACGCCUCCUUACUCAGUAGAGGGCAUUUUUUGUGGGACGUUUUUGGCAAUGAGCUCAAGUGAUUUCAUUGACUACUAUGAUUGGGAGAAAUGUGUGGUCAUUUCGCGAGUAGAUGUUACCGUCAAAGUUGUGAAAAUUCCAGAAGUGUAGAUAAUAAUACUCGGAAUGUAUAUUGUUCUGAAAGUGGUGAUCUAGUUGCAAUUGUCAGUGAUUCAUCGUUCAAAAUC